GGGGCUAAGGACCCGGCCCUCGCCUUUCCGUCGGCUUGGCCCCGCCCGGGUCUCCUCCGCCACCCUCUGCCCUUCAAGCUGCUGCAAAGUUUUAUUUUUUGGGGAGGGGGAGGCUGAACCCCUUCUGUUCAAGGGAGGGCCCCCCCACCAGCACCUGUGGAUUUUAUUCUCUGGCUGAUGGGGGAGCCUCUGUCCCAGAAAGGCACCCGGGCCUCUUCCUGGUGAGCCCGGGGGGGACCUGUGCCCUCCUCCUCAGCCCCCAUCAUCCUCAGUGGGCCUGGAAGCAAGCCUUGGGGCCUGGAUAUUUGUGGGGGGAGGCCCUCCCUCUCCUUUUCACUCCAAGAGGGCCGCCUCGGUGGAACUGACCGCUUUCUUGACCCAUUGGGUACAUGUGUUGUUUGGGAUUCCUUCUGAUACGGACGCUGAGCAGGCCACCGGUAGUCCUGGAUGUACGUACAGCGCCUUUGGAGCUCUGAAGCAUCCUCGCCGACGUGAAGGCCACCUUUCCGGAGAGGAGCUAGGAGCCCGAAGGUGGCCCACCCAACGAGGCCUCCCCCCUUGUCAUGGGGUGGCUGCUGCUGCUGCUGCUGCUGCACCCGACGAGGGGAUUCUCCGGCACCGCUUUGGUGGGGUAUUAGGGGGAGUUUCCUCCUCCUCCUUCUCCUCCUCUUGGCCUCCCCCAGGUGAGGCGUCCACCUGAGCUCCACACCUGCUGCGGAUCAUGGAGACCAAGAUCCCUCCCGCGGUGACCCCCACCAGCCCGUCCUCUCCGGGGCUGUCCCCGGUGCCCCCGCCCGAUAAAGUGGACGGCUUCUCCCGCCGCUCCCUGCGCCGUUCUCGCCAGAGACGCUCCCACAGUUCUUCCCAGUUCCGGUACCAGAGCAACCAGCAAGAGCUCACGCCUCUUCCUCUGCUCAAAGAUGCUCCCGUCUCGGAGCUUCACGAUCUUCUCUGCAAGAAGCUCCACCAGUGCUCCGUCCUCUUCGACUUCCUGGACUGCGUGGCCGACCUGAAGGGGAAAGAGAUCAAGCGAGCGGCCCUCAACGAACUGGUGGAAUGCGUGGCCACCAACCGUGGUAUCCUGAUCGAGCCGCUGUAUCCUGAGAUCAUCAAGAUGAUUUCGGUUAACAUUUUCCGGACGCUCCCACCCAGCGAGAACCCUGAGUUUGACCCUGAAGAAGAUGAACCUAACCUGGAGCCGUCUUGGCCACAUCUCCAGCUGGUGUAUGAGUUUUUCCUCCGGUUCCUGGAGAGCCCAGACUUCCAGCCCUCGGUUGCCAAGCGCUACAUAGACCAGAAAUUCGUGUUGAUGCUCCUUGAACUCUUUGAUAGCGAGGAUCCCCGGGAGCGCGAAUACCUCAAGACCAUCCUCCACCGUGUCUACGGCAAAUUUCUGGGCCUGCGAGCUUAUAUCCGCAAACAGUGCAACAACAUCUUUUUACGAUUUAUCUAUGAGACAGAGCAUUUCAACGGAGUGGCAGAACUGCUGGAGAUCCUGGGAAGUAUAAUCAACGGCUUCGCCUUGCCCUUGAAGACCGAACACAAGCAGUUCUUAGUGCGGGUCCUCAUCCCGCUUCAUUCGGUGAAAUCCCUCUCCAUAUUCCACGCUCAGCUGGCUUACUGUGUGGUUCAAUUCCUGGAAAAAGAUGCGACUCUGACCGAGCAUGUGAUCCGUGGUCUACUGAAAUAUUGGCCAAAGACUUGCACCCAGAAGGAGGUGAUGUUCUUAGGAGAAAUAGAGGAGAUCCUAGAUGUCAUUGAGCCCUCUCAGUUUGUGAAGAUUCAGGAGCCCCUCUUCAAGCAGGUGGCUCGAUGUAUUGCCAGCCCCCACUUCCAGGUUGCAGAGCGGGCUCUGUAUUUCUGGAACAACGAGUACAUCUUGAGCCUGGUCGAGGACAACUGCCACACGGUGCUGCCCACAAUCUUUGGCACGCUCUACCGCGUCUCCAAGGAGCACUGGAACCCGACCAUUGUCUCUCUGGUCUACAACGUCCUCAAGACCUUCAUGGAGAUGAACGGGAAACUCUUUGACGAAUUGACUGCCUCCUACAAGGUGGAAAAACAGCAGUAA